CAUGCAUCGCAACACGAGUAUAUGUGGACUUGCUGGGUUCAUCAAUGCUGUUCUAAGCACUCACGUCGGCCAAGUAUCGCUCCCGCUGUCUCAUAAAUGAAAAAACUUGUGAAUUCAACCCUCAAUGUCGCGCCCGUGCGCACGGACACAGCUGGCGCCCACCGUGGCAGAAUCUGAGCUUCUCUCGGCACACGCUCUCUGACUUGCACUCACAGCUCAUACAACGCCCAACUCCCAACUCCAGUGGCGAGCUUCAACUACUAGUCCCCAACAUGAACUAUUCGCUUGCCAUGGACAGCCCGUUUAACACUGCUUUGUUAUCCCCAGAAGGUCGAGCUGCGUAUCGCAUCGAUACUUAUCUCAGCUCGUUUACUACUACCGUCAAGAAAGUGGCUAAUGGGCAGAGUGAAGUCGAGAUUGGGAGGGUGGUUUGGCAAUCUGGUAGACCUGGGACGGCUGUGGUACAUGGGCACGAGAUAUUCGUCAACAAGAGCAGUUUUUUCAGCUCUUCAAGAACAUUCACAGCACUAAAUGGUCAAUCGUAUAAAUGGACGUUCCAUGAAGGCUCGGCAUUGAUGGCGAGCAACGACAGCAGACAAGCCCCAGCAGCCACUUACACACCAGCGACCAGAUCAAAUCCUGGACUACUACAUGUAACGCCUCACGGCUUAACCAUCACUGGAGACGUUAUCUUGAGCUUCGUCUGCGUCGAAGGCGAACGACGACACGCGGUGAGGAAGAGUCUACGAUGAUGAUGUCACGCGGAAGAAAUUUCAAACGUUCAA